GCUCAACUGGAUGAGAGGAUCAAAGAGCUGAUAGGGCAGAAUGAAGAACUUGGUGCAGAGUCUGUAAGGGCAUGCUUAAGAGGAGAGGGUGUUCGAGUCCAGCUGGAGAGGGUCAGACAAAGUCUGAUCCGUGUCAACCCCCAGGGAGUUGUGAGGAGAGCCAUGCAGCAGCCUCUACACCGGAGGCAGAACAGUUGCAGGCCCAAAUUCUUUGUGGCACAUCAAGCUGAUCCGGUAAGUGCAUACUCUUAGGCCUCCUGAACACUACACAUUUUUACAAUCUUAACAUCGUAAAAAACUAAUGGUUUAUAUGGUCAUGAAAGAAUUGUGGCCCUAUUCCCGGGUAUACAGUAGCUUCAGAAAAUAUUCACACCUCUUGACUUUUUCCACAUUUUGUUUUGUUACAACCUGAAUUUAAAAUGGAUUAAAUUGUCACUGGCCUACACACAAUACCCCAUAAUGUCAAAGUGGAAUUAUGUUUUCAGAUUUUUUUAAACAAAUUAAUUAAAAAUGAAAAGCUGAAAUGUCUUGAGUCAAUAAGUAUUCAAUCUCUAUGUUAUGGCAAGCCAAAUAUUAAUUAGGGAGUAAAUAUUUGCUUAACAAGUCACAUAAUAAGUUGCAUGGACUCACACUGUUUGCAAUAACAGUGUUUAACAUGAUUUUUGAAUGACUACCUCAUAUCAAGGCACUGUAACUGUAAUAAUGUUAUCAGUAAUAAAAAACAGAAUGGUGUCACUAUAAGAGGGGGAUAAAAAAGUUGUUGUUGCAACCUGUUGUAAAACAAAUGUAUCUUGUUUUUUAUGUGGAAGGUUGUUAUCCAUGGUGCUGUGGAUGGCUACAGCAGACCUUUGGUGUUUUUGAAGGCCUCCGACAACAACAGGAGUGCCACAGUCAUGGAGUCAUUCGAAGCAGCCAUCACCAGCUACGGAGUACCAUCUCGGGUGAGAUGUGACCGGGGGGGGUGAAAACGACCAUAUCUGUGCCUUCAUGGAGCAAUUCAGGGGUGGUAAGAGAGGAAGUUCCCUCAGGGGAAGGAGCACAACCAGAGGAUAGAGCGGCUGUGGUGGGACAUCUCAGAUGUCACGUCUGGCAUGCCAACGUUUACCAUGACCUGUUCACCUUCUUGGAGACGGAACAGAUCAUCGACAUCAAGAAUGAGGUGCACUUGUGGGCACUGCACUUUGUGUUCCUGCAACGGGUGAACAGAGAUCUUGCUGUGUUUGCCAGUCAGUGGAACCACCAUGGGCUGAGGACUGAACAACGGCAGUCACCUCUGCAGUUGUUCGUCUCGGGUUCCCUGGCAAUGCAGAGGGCCAAUCUGACAGCAGUAAGGGAUUUGUUCGCACCUGCUUUAACAACCAUCACCUCUCAAGCCACCACCUCAGCUCCUCCAACCACCACCCCAACCUCAGCUCCUCCCAACCACCACCUCAGCUCCUCCAACCACCACCCCAACCUCAGCUCCUCCAACCACCACCUCAGCUCCUCCAACCACCACCCCAACCUCAGCUCCUCCAACCACCACCACCUCAGCUCCUCCAACCACUGGCUCCCACAGGUUUUAUUGGUCGAAGGGUCCUCGAUGCAGCCUGGGAGUGACAUCUACAGAGGGUUAUGGCAGUCUACACAUUGCCCUAAGUGCUCCACGCUCACCCUG